AUAAAAUUAAAGUUAAAUCCAAACACGACCUAAACCGGUUCAGUCUGGUUCGCGGGUGGAACCGUGAAGUUGGUUACAGUAGUCAAGUGAAAAUUGGAGCGCCAUCAAACUCGUUCUGCAAGCACAGGAAAAGAAAAUGAGUUCAGAAAACCCUAGAAAAUGGAGAUUCACAUGGGAGGCUCAAUCUCACUCACCAACUCUCAAAUUAUUACUCUUUGAUUCACAAACAAAACCUUCAAUUCAGUGCAAUAACCUCCGAGUCAAUCUAAACCUCUCACAGUCUCACCUUCUUCUGACUUGGAUUGAUGAAAAUACAGAUGAAUUCUCACUUAAGGUCCCAAUUCCUAAGGUGUUGAUUGACCCAGAUUGUCCAUUCAGUUUUAGAGCUUUGGAUGAUCACAUCGAAGCUAAGCUCGUGUUGCUUCUUCCAGUUGAUCACCCUAUCUUUACUAACUUGAGUUUGGUUGAUGAUGGAGAGAGCAAUGAUGUUUUGGACUGCUUAAAACCACUUUAUAUGGACUCUGAUCUGAAGAGUUUAUCUUCCAUGGAAGAAGUGCACUUUUACUGCAGAAGUUGCUCAACUAGAUUGACCGCAAAUCCCCUUAGACAUUUUGUGGAAUUGCCAUCAGUUAACUGGCGAGAGACAGCGGACAAUUGGUUUGGAGCUUGCUGUUGUUCAUUUGGAGGUAUAAGUGAGAAGCUGGUCAAUAGGUAUGCAGAUGCCUAUACAUGUGCAAAAGGUGUUUGCUUGUUAAGUCCUCCAGCUGUUACUCUUUGCAAAGAUGAUCUUGUAGAGUGCAAAUUUGUAGAUUGUGAUGGAAUACAAAGGAAUGAAUCCAGAAAGGAAUAUUCUGGUCCGAUUGGUUUGAGUGAAGAAAGCAUGCUAUAUCGUGGAUCUAAUCCUAAAAUUGAUGCAAGUUGUGAUAAUAAGAACGAUAGUGAGAGUGUUCUUGAUCUUGAUAUUAAUGGGACAUUGAGGUCUCAACAUAUCAAUUCUAACAACCUUUCUGAAAACGUGAAAUGUGAAGUCAAGGAGGAAGAACCUGAUGCUAAUAGAUUAUUUUGUGUGCCAUCAGCAUUGGAUCUUUCUGAAAAUGUGGCAUCAAGACCUGGAUGUUGCAAUUCAAUGCAUCAUGCACUAGAUGAUGUUGAAGUAAGCACACAUGAGGUACAUCAGCCUUCAUUGUUGGGCCAGAUAACUAGAAAAGCUAAGGAGAACAUGGCAAAUAGAAGAUCUAUUCUUAAUGGGUUUCUUGGAGGUGUUUUUAUGGCUAGAUCCUAUAAUCUUUCUAUGGAUGUCCAGUGGAAACAAUUUGUCUGUCCCCAGUGCUCCACUCUUCUUGGAGCUUAUCCUUGCGCUGAUGAUGAUGUGCCUCUAGAUGAUGGAGUUAGACUCUUUAAGUGUUAUCUUUCCACUUCUUUGCCAGUUGGUGGAUCAGCUGAUUUGUUCAGGAAAUAUAAUUUGGAGAAAAUGUUCACAAAUCAACUAGUAGAAAGUGCAAAAGACGAAUUGUCAUUCCGGACUGUAGUGAGGGAUUUGACAACCAAAAACCCAAUGCUGCAAGUAGUUCUCGUAAAUCCAAAUUCAUGGUAUUGUACUGGUAGCUGCGAAGAUGCCCAGUGCAGUGUUGAGUCGGUAUCAAAAUUAGAACUGCGACCCAUCAUCAAGCUUCUGUUUUCUAACUGUAGCAACAAUAAAGAAUCGCAAUUGAGGGUGUUACAGGAUUGGGUAUCAAAGAAUCAAGCAGAUGAGUUUUUCAUGCUGCCUCAACUAAUAGAAAAGCUGACUGAAACCAUGACAUCGGCAAAGAAUCUACUUCCACCUUCUUGUACUUUCUUCCAGAAUUUAUCCUUAUCAUUCAUGCUGAGGUAAAGGAGAGCUAUUUGUGAUAGCUCUGAACUUUUCAUUAAUGGGAUGUACUGGGAAAGCCCGUGAGAUAAUUUAAACUGGAUUGCUAGAACGCUCAUAUUUGAGUUAUUGGUAAAUGAUUGCAUUCCAUCUUUCAUCA